AAAAUCAUAUCCACACUUCAUUAAAGUGUAAGAUAGAGCUUGGCAAGGGGAAGAGAAGAAGAACAAACAUCUACUUCCACAGCAUGGAACAAGUCAAGCUGCUAGGAGCUUGGCCAAGUCCCUUUGCUUACAGGGUCAUUUGGGCUCUGAAACUCAAGGGAGUGAGCUAUGAAUACAUUGAUGAGAAUAUCUUUAACAAAAGUGAGUUGCUUCUACAGUAUAACCCCGUUUAUAAAAAGAUUCCUGUGUUGGUUCAUGGUGGGAAACCUGUAGCUGAGUCCAUCGUCAUUCUUGAGUACAUAGAAGAUACCUGGCCUCAGAAUCCCUUGCUCCCAGAAGACCCUUAUGAGAGAGCUAUGGCUAGGUUCUGGACCAAGUUUGAAGAGGAUAAGAGCCAAACUUUCUUUGCUUUCUUUCGAACUGUGGGAGAACAACAAGAGAAGGCCGUAAAAGAAGCAAGAGAACUGCUGGGAAUCGUGGAAGAGCAUGGUCUUGGGGACAAGAAGUUUUUUGGUGGUGACAAGAUUGGAUUAGUUGAUAUAGCGUUUGGAUGGAUAGCUGGCUGGCUUGAAGUCAUGCAAAAGGCAGUCGGUGUCAAGUUACUGGAAGCUGAAAGCUUCCCUCGUUUACAAGCUUGGAUCAAGAACUUCAGGGAAGUUCCUGUCAUCAAAGAAAACCUUCCUGAUUAUGAUGGAAUGCUGGCCUAUUUCAGAUGCCGAAGAGAGAUGUUUAUCGCAUCAGCAACAUCGCAUGCAUAAUACAUUGCGAUUCUUUUGCAUUUUAAUGAAUGUGAUCCCCUACUAGUUUGAGAUUAGGACUUAGUUGUUAUGUUCCUGGAGUACAUUUGAUGAGGGAGAAUAUUGAAUCACUCUAACAAUGACUUCUAAUUUGUCAAGGAUUUUCUAUUACUCCUUAUUAUGAAAUCAGGGUCCAUUUCAUUAA